CUUUGUCUUUUCCCACCGCUCAGUAUCCUGGGCGUAACAGUUACUUCCGCUAAACCUUACGUAAAUCUGCACAUGCGCUGUGCUGCCCCUCAGACAGUCCUUUUUAUGCUUAGCGUGGAACGACUAGCAUCAAACGAGCGUAAAGAUGCAGCUCUUCUUGCAUGGCCAGAACACUCACACCCUUGAGGUGACCGGACAGGAGACUGUUGGCCAGAUCAAGGCCCAUGUCCAGGCUCUGGAAGGACUCCUGGUUGAGGACCAGGUGCUGCUGCUCGCUGGCUGCCCACUGGAGGACGAUGCCUCUCUGGCAACCUGCGGCGUGACUGAGCACUGCACCCUGGAGGUGGCUGGCAGGCUGCUCGGAGGUAAGGUGCACGGUUCUCUUGCCCGUGCUGGAAAAGUAAGGGGACAGACUCCCAAGGUUGACAAGCAGGAGAAGAAGAAAAAGAAGACCGGCCGUGCCAAGCGCCGCAUCCAGUACAACAGGCGCUUUGUGAACGUUGUGCCCACCUUCGGAAAGAAGAAGGGACCCAACGCCAACUCCUAAUUGCUUCAAUGCUCUAAUGGAGAAAUGACACCAUCAUCAUCACUAGAGUCAUCAGUUUUUACCAAGUUGAAAGUUGUCUUGUACAGAAUAAAGGAUAUUUGACUUGGC